AUGAUGCAAAAUAGUGCUCAUCAAGAACAACACAAAUUUGAAGUCUCCACGGACUACCACAAGGAAAGACUUGACGUGUUCCUUUUCAACAAAUUCUUUAAAGAAAGACAAGUAUCAAAGAAUGCUGUUUCAAAGCUCAUCCAAAAUUCUUCUUUGAAUUCAACCACUGGCUCUGACAGCAUCUUGCCAAGAUAUAAAUUUCUAUGCAAUGAGGAAGCAGUAAACAAGCCAGCACUCAAACUCCGAAAUGGUGAUUAUGUGUUAGUAAUGGUUGAAGGCAAUCCAGUUGCUUCGGAGCAAUCAUCUGGUAACAACAAGUCAUUAACAAACGAACGAAAUAAUCAUACAAAUGACACAGAAAGUAAUUUAUUAGAUAUUCAACCUGAAAAUAUUCCUCUCAACAUUCUGUAUGAAGAUGAAUAUUUAAUAGUAUUGGACAAGUCUAAAUUUAUGACGGUUCAUCCUUCGUUAAAACCAAAACCAAGAAAUACUACAGGAACACUUGUCAAUGCUUUGUUAUUUCAUUGCCAAGGAAAACUAUCAAGUUGUGGAUCUUGUGAUGAACAUUACAGACCUGGAAUUGUUCACAGGCUAGAUAGAGACACCAGCGGAAUAAUGGUCAUUGCAAAAGAUGAUGACACUCAUUUAGCUCUUAAAAAGUUAUUUGAAAAUAAGAACAGUCCUUUAGAAGUAAAUGGAAAUGACUCUAAUAUCACAAGAUAUUAUCAGGCACUUGUAGAGAAUGAAUUGAAGCCAGUAGAAGGGAAAAUUGAAGUUUACAUCAAGAGGCACCACUCAAUACCUUCCAAGAGAGAAGUAACUAAAAACCCUUUAGAUACUGGGGCUAAAUUGGCAAUUACCGAGUACAAGGAGCUUGAAACAAUUCCUGUGAAAAAUUUAAACGGUUGUAAUAUUUUGAGUCUUGUUCAAUGCAAACUUUUGACUGGAAGAACUCAUCAAAUUCGAGUGUCCUUUGCUCACUUGAAUAGACCUCUGGUGGGAGACGUCUUGUACAAUCCUCGCUUUAAAUCUGGUCACAAAACCAAGAAGAAAAAACAAUCCAAGUACGAAGAAGAGUUUGAAAAAUUCGCUCUUGAGAAAGGACAGUUCCUACACGCUUCAUAUUUAAAAUUUGUUCAUCCUCGUACUGGAAAACUGCUAGAAUUCAGUUCUAAAACACCAUCCUAUUUCAGAGAGGCAAUCAAAUUAUUGAAUCACUCAAUAGAGGAAUAG